AUGUCGUUCCCUGACAAACCUCUCGCCCACCUCUUGGGUGCCAAUGGCCCCAUUCACGCCCUCGCCUACUCGGCCUCCCCGGGCACGUACAUCCUAACCGGCUCCGCCGACCGCACUAUCCGCCUCUACAACCCCUUCCCCGCCGAAUCCCAGUCCUUCGCCAGCAGCAGCAGCAGCAGCAGCAUCACCGGCCGAUUCAAGCAAGGCGCCCCCGCCGCCCCGCUCCCCGAAGGCCGGCUCAUCCAGUCCUACGCAGCGCACGGCUACGAGGUGCUCUCGCUCGCCGUGGCCCCAGACAACCAGCGCUUCGUGUCGUCGGGCGGCGACCGCGCCGUGCUCCUCUGGGACGUGGCGACAGCGACGACGACGCGGCGCUUCGGCGGCAACCUGCACGGGCACACGUCGCGCGUCAACGUGGUGCGGUUCGCCGGCGAGGGCGAGUCGCUCGUGGCGUCGGGGGGCUUCGACACGACGGUGCGCCUCUGGGACGCGCGGUCCGGCAGCGCCAAGCCCGUGCAGGUGCUCGACGAGGCGCGCGACGCCGUCACGAGCCUCGUCGUGCGCGGGCCCGAGCUCGUCGCCGGCAGCGUCGACGGCCGCGUGCGCAGCUACGACGUGCGCGCCGCGCGCUGCGUCGUCGACGUGGUCGGCGCGAGCGUCACGAGCCUCGACGUCACGCGCGACGGCAAGGCCGUGCUCGUUGGCGCCCUCGACAGCAAGCUGCGGCUCAUGGACCGCGGCGAGCGGCGCGUGCCUCAAGAC